GCGAAGACCCUACACGGACGAGAAGGGUUUGCUCGCAAACAAGUGCAAUGCAGCCUUUGAUUGCCAGAUUCGAAUUUAGAGCCCAGCAGAGGAGCUUGAAGUGGACGCUUGUGAGCUCGCGGAGACGAUUCAAUGGUGGUGUGACGACGGAGACGGACUGAUAGUGCUAAAAAAACGAUGGGUGUAAGGUGGUUGAUAGUGCCGAUCGUCGCAAUUGUAUUGCUUCUAGAAUUUCUGGACUUCGCUCAAGCUGUGAAAGAGCCAUUUCGAAGAGACCCUGGGCACCCACAAUGGCAUCACGGCAGUUUUCAAGACCACAAGGAGGGUGUGCGGAAGAUGACCCACGAGCUUCUACACUCUCGUGCACAGGUUCCAUUUCCCGUUCCUCUCGAGGUCAACGUGGUGCUGAUAGGGUUUCUGAAUGAUGGGGGUUAUCGGUUUCAUUUGGAUCAUGAUAAAUUGCAUCACCACAUGAAGUCAAGUUUUCCUUCACAUCGUCCCUCUUGUAUGGAAACAGGAGAAAUGCUGGACAUUCAAUUCGACAUGAGUUACAAUGUCAUACCAGUGGGGCCAACAGAACUUCUUGCGGUCGAAGAUGAGAUGAAACAAAAAAUGGUGGAGGCAGGUGUAGCUAGAGAGAGCGAAUAUGGUAAAGAAGUUCCUUGUUUUGAAGUCGAGGCAACAGCAAUGGAGUCGACUUUUGAUAGACUCUAUAGUUAUUUGUUCGGACUACCGGCAGAUGCAGGUGCAGAACACGACUUCAACAGAGCCUUACCCACUGCGAUUUUUAUACUCAACCUUGACAAGGCCAGGAUGGACCCCAAAAAUGUGACCUCGGAGCACGAUUCGUUUCCUAGCAUUACCGAACUUACCUCUGAGCAAUUCCUGAAACAAGAAGCUGGUUUUGUUUAUCGAUACCGGUACAAUGGGGGUGCUGCCUCGCAAGUCUGGCUUAGUCAUGGAAGGUAUGCGGUGAUUGACAUUUCAGCUGGACCUUGCUCCUAUGGAAGAUUGGAAUCUGAAGAGGGAAGUGUAGGGCACAGGACAGUACCCAGGCUCGAGCAUCUUUUACUUCCCAAAUAUCGCCCUGCUGUCAACCCUUCUGUGGUUGAGAAUGUGUUUUGUGGCCAAAUAUCUCGAACGAUAGUGUCUGCACUAGAGCACGUCAUUGCACCAGAUAUCAGGUUCGAUACUGUAGAUGUAUCAUCACGAUUGUUGGUUCCCAUUAUUGUUCUUCGAAACCAUUUACAUUACAACAUUCUUCAAUCUGGAAGUAAUCACAGCAUAGAUGUGGAUGAGAUCAGGCAUCAGGUAAAGUCAAUGCUGCAACCAGGGCAAGAGGUUAUGGUAGUGGCAGGUAUACAUAGUUUACAUGAUCACGAACGCUUGUCCAUUUCUGUGGCAAAAGCCAUGCGGGGAAUGUCGACUCAUGAAACCCGCCCAGAUGGCCGUUUUCAUGCCAAGACUUUGACCUUCCUUGAUGGAGCUGUGUUGCGAGAGGAGAUGCGACACUCUUCCGAUGUUCUUGCUGCAGGACUUCUAGAAGUAGCUGACCCAGAACUUUCAAGGAGAUACUUUAGACAAAGGACACCGCAGCACAACUGGGAGGAACCCCCCAACGCGCAAGAGGAUACUGUUAUAAAAUCACGCCAACCAAGGCAUCCAUAUUUAAAAAAGAACGCACAGGAAAAGAAUGCCAAACGAACUGUUCGAGAUCGAUUCCCUACUGUUGCUACACCAGUGACAAAGUCUCAUGGUACUCGAGUAGUCCCUGUGUUCGUAUUAUCUUUGGAUGGAGUGGAUCCGCAGCUAUUGAUGGAAGGAGAAAAUCUCAUGUGGGUGAGUCAUGAUGCUAUUUUUGUCCUGCAACAUCCUGGAGAUCCUAUAACCCUCAGUGCUGUGUCAGAAACUAAAAAGAUGAAGGCAAUACCUACCUCCCCGCAGCGUCAUAUAAUAGCUGGGCUUGCGGCUGUAGUUGGUGGGCUGGUGGCACCUUAUGAGAGGGCAUCUCAUAUCCAUGAUCGUCCUAUUCUCGAUUGGCUCUGGGCUUGUGGUCAUCAUCCUUUUGGGCCUUUUUCAAACACAUCUAGUGUGAGCCACCUGUUGCGUGACACUGCGAGGCGUAAUGCAGUUUAUGCUCGCGUGCACGUGGCGCUCAAAACAAUAAGGCAGUCCACUGAUAAUAUUCAGGAGUUUGUUUCUGAUUUCCUUCGCACACCUCUUGGAGAAGAAGUGAAGGGCGAGAAGGAGAAGAACAAAGUAGAGUUAUGGAUCGACAAAUUCUACAAGAAAAGAACGUCUUUACCAGCUCCCGUGCCACACGAGAAAGUGGAGCGGUUAGAAAAUUAUUUGAGCACUUUGGAAGACCAGCUUGUGCAACUGUCAUCUCUACUUUAUGAUCAUCAGAUUCAGGACGCCCUUGGGAAUGCUUCUACUAUCAUGCAGUCUGCACAUUUUACUCAGGACUACGUGGAACAUCUGAUUGCAGCAGAAAGGGAUACUAUGCGGUGCUGCAGAGUUGAGUAUACAAGGCCAGUACAGUCUACUCAGACACUCCUUUAUGGUGGAAUUUUAGUUGCUGGAUUCCUUGUGUACUUUUUAGUAAUAUAUUUCUCUUCGUCAGAGCGUUGAAACUCGAAAAUCAUCCGAUUGCCCCAAGCUAGACACCUCACCCCCGCCUUGGUUCCGUUUCAUGCUGAAUAUCAGGGCGAGUAGAUAGAAUAGUGGCCCACACGAAGGUGAGAUUCGCACGCCUGUAACUUGUUUCGAAGAGUUCUUGCCAAAUUUCGCUUGAAGAACCAGUGAUCCAAAGCCUAUCUCACAGCUAGCAGGUCACUAGGAUAUCGGCUUUUAAUCAAUUGUAACCCAUGUGGAAAACUUAGGUUCUUGCACUGCUGAGGCAUCUACUAUAAUACUUCAAGUAUGAUUCAGAAUCUUAUUCA